UGCCCUGGAAGCGGAAGUACUCGCUAGCUCUCCCCGUGGUGGUGUGUUUUUGAAACGCAGUAGCAACGCGAGUAAACACAACGCUGUGGAUUUUCAAUCGCUUAUUAGCGGAAUAGGGAUAAUACAGCCAUCCACACUCCGCGAUAUCUUCCAACUCCGGAGAAAAAGAAGAUAUAAACCACACAGCCCGGAUUAUCUUCUCCCUGUUCUCUGCAGAAACACGGAGCCGGCAGGCCGGCCGCAUAGCCCCAAACAGAAAUGGCGGAUGUUACAGCUCGUAGCCUGCAGUAUGAGUACAAGGCGAACUCCAAUCUUGUCCUGCAAGCAGACCGUUCUCUGAUCGACCGCACACGGCGAGAUGAGCCCACUGGAGAGGUGCUGUCCCUGGUGGGGAAGCUCGAGGGGACCAAGAUGGGAGACAAAUCCCAGAGAACCAAACCACAGCUGCUGGAGGAGAGGCGGGCAAAGAGGAGAAAGAGAGACGAGGACAGGUACGACAUCAAUAAAAUGAAGGGGUUCACACUGCUGUCGGAGGGCAUUGAUGAGAUGGUUGGGAUAGUCUACAAGCCAAAGACAAAGGAGACCAGAGAAACGUAUGAGGUCCUGCUCAGCUUCAUUCAGGCUGCUCUAGGAGACCAGCCCCGUGACAUCCUGUGCGGAGCCGCGGACGAGGUCCUGGCAGUGCUGAAGAAUGAGAAGGUGCGUGACAAGGAGAGGCGCAAGGAGGUGGAGCAGCUGCUGGGCCCCACAGAUGAUACUCGCUACCACGUGCUGGUCAACCUGGGCAAGAAGAUCAGCGACUACGGAGGGGACAAGGAGCUUCAGAACAUGGAUGACAACAUUGAUGAAACCUAUGGAGUUAACGUACAGUUUGAAUCUGAUGAAGAGGUGGUGGAUGAGGAUGCGUACGGAGAGGUGCGGGACGAAGCCUCUGAUGAAGACACAGAGGGAGAGGAGGCAGACGAGCGCUGUACCCUCACUGCCAAUUUGGGUGCAGCUGGAGAUGUGAUGAGCACAAAGAAGAAGGACCUCCACCCCAGAGAUAUCGAUGCCUUCUGGCUUCAAAGGCAGCUCAGCCGUUUCUAUGACGAUGCCAUUGUGUCUCAGAAGAGGGCAGAUGAAGUGCUGGAGAUUUUAAAGACUGCCAGUGAUGACAGAGAGUGUGAGAAUCAGCUUGUCCUCCUUCUGGGCUUCAACACCUUUGACUUCAUCAAGAUCCUCCGGCAGCACAGGAGGAUGGUCCAGUACUGUACCAUGCUUGCCAGUGCCCAGAGCGAGGCUGAAAAGGAGAGAAUCAUGAGUAAAAUGGAGUCAGACCCAGAGCUUUCCAAGGUCCUGUACCAACUACAGGAGACUGAGAAAGAAGACAUCAUUCGGGAGGAGAGAUCCCGGAGAGAGAGAGUUCGGAAGUCCCGCGUGGAUAACGACCUGGAGGCCAUGGAUAUGGACCAGCAGGGAGAGUCGCUGGCACCCCGGCAGGUGCUUGACCUGGAAGACCUGGCCUUCUCGCAGGGCAGCCACUUCAUGGCAAACAAGCGCUGCCAGCUCCCCGACGGCUCCUUCAGGAAGCAGCGCAAGGGCUACGAGGAGGUGCACGUGCCCGCCCUCAAACCUAAACCCUUCGCAGAGGACGAGGUACUGCUUUCUAUUGAGAAGCUGCCCAAGUACGCCCAGGCAGGGUUCGAAGGGUUUAAGACUCUGAACCGCAUCCAGAGCAAGCUGUUCAAAGCAGCCAUGGACACUGAUGAGAACCUGCUGGUCUGUGCCCCAACGGGAGCUGGUAAGACCAAUGUUGCCCUGAUGUGCAUGCUGCGGGAGAUCGGCAAACACAUCAACCUGGACGGCACCAUCAACGUGGACGAGUUCAAAAUCAUCUACGUCGCCCCCAUGAGGUCCCUGGUACAGGAAAUGGUGGGGAGCUUUGGGAAGCGCUUGGCGAGUUACGGGAUCACAGUGUCGGAGUUGACUGGGGAUCACCAGCUGUGCAAGGAGGAGAUCAAUGCCACUCAGAUCAUCGUGUGCACCCCUGAGAAAUGGGACAUCAUCACCAGGAAGGGAGGGGAGCGCACUUACACCCAGCUAGUGCGCCUCAUCAUUAUCGAUGAAAUCCACCUUCUUCACGAUGACCGUGGGCCGGUGCUGGAGUCUCUGGUGGCUCGAACCAUCCGCAACAUCGAGAUGAGCCAGGAGGACGUGCGGCUGGUCGGCCUGAGUGCCACGCUGCCCAACUACGAGGACGUGGCCACCUUCUGUAUCCAGAUCAUGGUCCCUCCUGCAACAGUGCUGGGCCCUCCAGCGGUGGCGAUGCUGGUAAAGGUGCACGAUCCUCUGACGCUGGGGACACUGUCAGAGGGGCUGGGCACUUCGGCAGGGGCGGACGUGUGA